UUAAUUGUCAUAGAUACCCUCACUAUCACUUAUUCGUGAGGGCAAAACAGUAAUUCAAAUAUAUCAUCGUAUCAUUCUCUCAAGUCUCAUCACUAAUUCUUCUGACUCACCCCAGAACACCCAAAAUCGCAGGUUCCAUGGCCACUCUCUCUUCUUUCUCUUCCCCACCAUGGCCCAACCCAAACCCUAACCCUAACCCUAACCAGAAUUUUCUAUCUCAGACCCCAGACGCUCUCUCUCCAAUGUUUCAAUUUCCUGAAGAACAGCAACACGACACACCCGAAGACGAAGAGGAUGAAACUCCUCACGAUCGCAUUCCUCACCUCACAAUUCCAAACCCUAACCCCAAUUUCAGCGAUCGUGAGUUUCCUGCAAUUCCGACUCUUCUUCACGUCUCAUACAAUCAAGAUUAUGAAUGUUUUGCCACCGGCACGGAUCGUGGCUUUCGAAUAUAUAACUGUGACCCUUUCCGUGAAAUCUUUCGCCGAGACUUCGAUCACGGAGGUGGUAUUGGCAUAGUUGAAAUGCUAUUCCGAUGCAACAUGCUCGCUUUAGUUGGCGGCGGUGACAAUCCUCAGUAUCCUCUGAAUAAGGUGAUGAUUUGGGACGAUCAUCAGAGCCGCUGCAUCGGCGAAUUAUCUUUUCGAUCAGAGGUUCGCGGCGUUAGGCUUCGGCGGGAUCGAAUUGUGGUGAUUCUCGAGCAGAAGAUAUUUGUUUAUAAUUUCUCGGACCUGAAGUUGUUACACCAAAUUGAGACGAUUGCAAAUCCGAAGGGCCUUUGUGCGGUCUCACAAGCGGCUGGAUCGUUUGUGUUGGUAUGUCCAGGGUUGCAGAAAGGCCAGGUUAGGGUUGAACAUUAUGCGACAAGGAGGACUAAGUUUAUUCUGGCCCACGAUUCGAGGAUUGCGUGCUUUACGAUCACGCAGGAUGGAAAUUUGCUUGCCACGGCCAGCUCGAAGGGCACUCUGGUGAGGAUUUUCAAUACAUGCGAUGGGACUCCGUUGCAAGAGGUAAGGAGGGGUGCAGACAGAGCGGAGAUAUAUAGCCUGGCAUUCUCUUCAGCUGCCCAGUGGCUGGCAGUCUCAAGCGACAAAGGCACUGUCCAUGUUUUUAGCCUUAAGCUUAAUUUGGGAAACCUAGGGAGUGAUACGUUGAGUAGUUCAUCUGAUCCAAAUAUUGCUUCUACACCAUCUAGCUCAUCUUUCUCGUUUAUUAAAGGCCUCGGUGAUGUUCUCACUAUGCCAAAGGACAGAAUGCUCAGUUUCUAUUUGUGUACUGUCAUUCCUAAUCCUUUCACAUGGAGGAUGAAGCUGAGGCAAUGGGUACCGUAUACCUUGUGGAAAGCAAGGGUAGUUUCCUUGACUGUUGGAUCUGAUCUAGGUUUCCAUUUGGCAGGAGUGCUGCCCAAGUAUUUCAGCUCAGAGUGGUCUGUGGCUCAGUUCCGUUUGCUUGAGGGUUCUCAAUAUAUUGUUGCAUUCGGUCACCAAAAGAAUACAGUGGUCAUUCUUGGCUUGGAUGGAAGCUUCUAUCGAUGCCAGUUUGACCCAGUGGUGGGUGGAGAUAUGACUCAACUGGAAUAUCACAACUUUCUUAAGCCUGAAGAAGCACUCUAAUGGGGAGCUUAGAUAUUUGUAUUUCUCUUUCACGGUGUAUAUAUACUAUAUUCUUCUUUACCCCUUUAGUUUGCAAUUUGAGUUCAUAUAACUAACAUUUCGACACUGUUUCACUUCAAAGAAUGAAAAAAUGGCAAUAGUUACGGUUUUUACAUCUAUUUAAAGUUAGUAUUUUGAUAAUUAUCCAUGGGCAAGAACCUGUAGAGACUUGUGGAGCUUCGCUUUUUCUCUGUUUAAUCUCUUUAUGGG